ACAACAGAAAAUAUUUAUAUUUUCAUCGCAAUUAAAAAAAAGUAUUUUACCCCAUCUUUUACUCCUAUUUUGAUGCUGCUUUUAAAAUAAUUCAAUUAGACUCAUAUUCACAACCUACAACAAUGUAUAUGUCGGUAUGUAUGUAGAUAAGUGAAUUAAAAUCGCGGUAAGGGCCAGAAAUAAGCAUUUUUAGGAAUUCAGUAGAGCAUAUAAGUUGUGUUGAGAUGAGUGUAUCACAGGACUGCGCGUUAACGUACGCGCAUGAUUCGAAUUUGUCGCCAAAAAGUCUGAAAUCAAUCUGUGCAGAUUUCUACUUUGGGAGCAUAUUUAUUCCUCAACAAAUAGUUGGAAAGCGGACAUCGGCAACAGCAGUUUGAAAUAAAAAGUGACGUCACUACGCAAAAUUCUAGUUAUUUGUUAAAAUAGUUUAAACUGAAAACGAAAUAAUUAUGUAUGAAUAUGGUGAUAAUUCAGGUGUGAAUGCACAAAAUGCAAACACAAUGGUACCGAACGUUAUGUUUGAUAAUACAAUGCCGGAAUUGGGCAAGAUGCAGGUGCAGGAAGGAGGUAAUUAUCAUUGCACCUCACAGGUUCGCCGUAAAAAUAAUAAAUUUAUAGGUAAUGGUAUGGAUAUGGGAGGCAAUGUUUAUAUUGAACCAAGAGCAGAUGGCGGUCCGCAGCAAACUAUGCCGAUUUAUGCAAUUGAUGCAAGUGUGCAGCAGUUCGAAAUACCUGAUCCAAUCCUGCGACGCACUUUUGCACGUAAGGUGUUCAUCACACUCGUACUGCAACAUGUACUAACAUUGCCGGUGAUUGAAAUUUUCAUACUCUUCUUUGAUCCAAUUUCUCAUCCUGCUAUACAAGGCGUACGAGGCGUCAUGUUUUGCCUACUUAUUGCAAUGUAUUUUUUUAGUGACAUGCGUCGUUAUCCACCAGUGAAUGUUAUUGCGUUUGCUACAGUGACUUUUUUACUAGCCGUAGAGGCAGGUGUCUUGGCAACUUGGCUAAAUUCACAAUUGGCAAUAUUUCCUCAUCUGAUAGUAAUUGUACAACUUUUAAGUAUAGUGGCUUAUUCAGAACAAACUCGUUAUAAAUUUACAGUUAUAAAUGCCAUUCUAUUAGUUCUGCUAGUAUCAUUGGCUGGCCACUAUUUGAUAGAGAUUGUAUUUUCUUCAUUUUCAUUGAAUGCCAUUGCAUACGCUCUACUCUCCCUAACAACUUAUCGUGCUGCAUAUAUCGUUUACGAUAUGCACCUCAUGUUGAGCGGACAUCAUGGUUACAAUCUUCAACCACAUGAGUAUAUAUUCGCAGCUACAAAUAUUUACGCCGACAUGCCAAAUCUUCUAUGGCGAAUAAUCAAAUUUUUCCUGGUAACACCUUUGAUUAAAAUGUACCAUUUUCUUGUAGGCUGUUGUUCUGCCGAAGUGUGUUAAACAUUUCGGCAAUUUCUUUUUUAUGUGAAGUUACAAAAAUAAUUAAUAUAUUGUACGGGUACAAUUCACAUUUGCCUUAUAUAGUACUAUACUUACAAGAAAAUACAAAGAUUCAUUAAAAAAAUUAAAGCUUUUGACAUUUAUCCCAUAUAUGUAAAUUAUAUACAUACGAAUUGUUAGUGCAUGCUAAAUUAAUUCAUAAACAUUAUCUUAUCGUUAAAAUACGUUGGGAGUAUUGACAGUUAUCUAUUUGCGCUUGUAACUUGUAAACGUUGGUUGAAC